GUAAAUUUUUUACAUUUGAAGUUGAAAUUGGAACUUUUCUUUUGGAAGCCUCAUGUGCAUCCAUGCCAGAGCAGUUGAAAGUAAACCGCCAUUGGAAGUUUAAUGUGAAUCAGUUGAAUGUCAUGUAACGUGUUAUGUUGUGACAAUGAAAACAUUUCAAGUUGGAGGGAAAAAUAAACCUCACUUUUUAUUGUUAUUGAGAAAUCGUUUAAUUUGUGAGUGAGUGAUGUGCAAUGUGGAUUGUUUGUAAACAACUUAGACCUACAUACACACAGCCAGGACUAUUGUUUGUGGAAUAAUCCAGGCCAAUUUCCCAUCAUGCCGGGUCGCAGACAUACUUUCAGCUUUUCAGGAAUGAGCUACUUCUCUGGAAUGUACAAGUUUGGUAACAAGUCCUUCAACAAGAUCAAGGAUGAGCGACCAAACAUUUCACUCCCCUCAAACUUUGAACACACAGUCCAUGUUGGGUUUGACCCUCACACUGGGGAAUUCACGGGAAUGCCUGAGUCGUGGGCCAAACUCUUACAGAAUUCUAACAUAUCCAAACUGGAGCAGAAGAAAAACCCUCAAGCUGUCCUUGACGUCCUUAAGUAUUACGAAACCUCAACCCAGGAAGAGAAAGAGUCCAAAUAUAUGCUCAAUAUAUCCAAGCCAAGUAGUAAGUCUUCGUCUAGUGCCAAUUCUAUCCAGAGCAACCUCUCAGAAAAGUUUGCAGCCCUUAGCAAAGAUCUGCCAUCUAAACAAGAAUCUUCGUCCCCAUCAACGCCAGAAGAUGAGGAAGAGGAGGAGUCACAGCCCCCGCCCAUAGCAACCCGACCCGACAAAACUAAAUCUAUUUAUACAAAACCCAUAGAGACAGAGGACAAACCUAAUGGUGCGGUGGCUGGUAACAAGACAGACAAACCCAAGAAGAAGAAAAUGUCCGAUGAAGAAAUUCUUGAAAAAUUACGAACAAUAGUCUCCAUAGGUGAUCCAAAUCGAAAAUAUACAAAAAUGGAAAAAAUAGGUCAAGGGGCUUCUGGGACAGUUUUUAUAGCAAUUGAAGUGGCUACAGGUCGUGAAGUGGCCAUAAAGACGAUGAACUUAUCACAACAACCAAAGAAAGAGUUGAUUAUUAACGAGAUUCUAGUAAUGAGGGAGAACCAAAACCCCAACAUUGUCAAUUAUUUAGAUAGCUACUUGAUCGUUGAUGAGUUAUGGGUUGUAAUGGAGUAUUUAGCGGGCGGAUCUCUGACUGACGUUGUCACGGAGACAUGCAUGGAUGAAGGUCAGAUCGCUGCUGUCUGUAGAGAGUGUUUACAAGCUUUAGAAUUUUUACAUGAGAACCAAGUCAUUCAUCGGGAUAUAAAAAGUGACAACAUUUUAUUGGGAAUGGAUGGAAGUGUCAAAUUAACUGAUUUUGGGUUUUGUGCCCAGCUCUCGCCAGAACAAAGCAAAAGGUCUACGAUGGUCGGAACGCCAUAUUGGAUGGCGCCGGAGGUUGUCACAAGGAAGCAGUAUGGGCCCAAGGUGGACAUUUGGAGUUUAGGCAUCAUGGCCAUUGAGAUGAUAGAAGGGGAGCCGCCCUAUCUAAAUGAAAACCCUCUUAGAGCACUGUAUCUGAUAGCGACCAAUGGGAAACCAGAGAUCAAGGAGAAGCACAAGCUCUCGCCAGUGUUCCAGGACUUGUUAGAUAAAUGUCUGGAGGUAGAUGUAGACAGGAGGGCUUCAGCAUCAGAACUACUUAAGCAUCCUUUUUUACGCCUCGCAAAGCCACUUGCCCAACUAGUACCUGUCAUCCUAGCUGCUAAGGAGGCACAGAAACAUUAAAGUUGGUGCUGGACCAUCAACUGAUUUACUUUAUGCAAUUUUACAUCUGCAAAUACCACAGCUAAUGGCUGUAAAAGUGACUGGCUGGUUGCUGAUGAAGAUUUGCCUCAGUUUGUGUGUUUGUGCUGUAAAUGAAUGGACAUGUGCUGGAUUUGAAUACUGGGGCUGUGUGUCAGUGUCCUGGAAACAGCAUUGGCUACGGCUGUGUUGAAACUGGAUUCUGGGAACAGCAUUGGCUACAGCUGUGUUAGAACAUGAAUCUGGAAACAGCAUUGGAUCCAGCUAUACGUGAACUGGUUUCUGGGAGCAGCAUUGAAUACAGCUGUGCUGGAACUGGUUUCUGGGAGCAGCGUUGAAUACAGCUGUGCUGGAACUGGUUUCUGGGAGCAGCAUUGAAUACAGCUGUGCUGGAACUGGUUUCUGGGAGCAGCGUUGAAUACAUCUGUGCUUGAGCUGGUUUCUGGGAGCAGCAUUGAAUACAGCUGUGCUGGAACUGGUUUCUGGAAGCAGCAUUGGAUGCAGUUGUACUAGAACUAGAUUCUGGGAAUUAUUCCUCUGAACAAGGGUAUUUGUAUUUCGGGAACAAGCUGUGGCUGGAGAUGUCAUUGCUGAUGGGAAAUUACUGGUCACAAAUGCAUGUGCUGGAAACUAUGUUACAUGGCUGGAAAAACCUGGACUUACUGAGCUGCUGUAACUUGAGCAGGAAAGUUGAGUGCAAACCAGAACCAUGCAGUAUUGUAAGAAAUUGUACAACAGUAUGGAGACUUAUGUGCUGUCUGGUUACAAGAGUUACUGCCCUUGGUCAGAAAAACGCUAAUGACCUGUUUUGGCUGUUUACGAAGAGUUUCAUUGACCCAUAUUACAAAAAAAACCCAAAAAAACAUGAAAUAUUACUAUUCCUAUGGAUUGGUUGUUGUCGUAACUUGCUUUUUCCAGCUAGCAGAAUCCGUCUAAUCCCUCGAAUCUUGAUCAUCCACGCAUAUUCAUUCAGAGCAAGCCAUAGCUAUCGCGUCCAGCCAGUGUGAUUGGAAAGAAGAAACUGAAGGCAUAUUUGUAUUUGUUGUUUAGAGUAACUUAUCUUGGAUUUCAACCGCGUGUUUUGCGUGGCAAAGACAUCUGAGUAUUCAUGCUACAUGUGCUUGGAGACAUGUGGAUACUGUGCGUGUAUUCUACUA